CACACACACACACAGAGCCGUAUAAUUUGUGAAUAUUGCUGGAAGAGGUCUGUACGUGAGUACGUUUUUUGUUUAAUGGCAUCACUUGUUAACGUCCUCCUUUCAGUACAUCCAGUCAACAAGUCAGUCUUACUGUCUUUCUAAUUCAUUUCCUGUUGCCAUCCAGCGUGCUGAUAAAACCGCACUGCCAAGUUCUGAAGCGUCAGUAUGCCCUUCUUCUUACCUGUAAUGCUGUUUAUCCGUCUGGAUAGUUUUGGUGUGAUUUGCAGAGAUUUGGAGACUUCAGAAGCCUUGGCUGGAAUAUAAAGGAGCUAAAUGGUGUGCUGUCUGUAGUUCAGUAUGGUUAAUGUUUUCUUGGAGUCCUGAUUAGAGAGGGGGUCUUAGGUUUAAGGGCAUACGACGUAUGGGAAGAGGGUCUUUUUUCCCCCUCUUUCUGCUUCAACAUAGAACUGAGGUUAGUUGGUGAUUGACAGACGUUUUAUCUCUUAUCCACGUUAACAACCAACCUGUAUAAGCAGGUGGUCAGAGAUGGUUCGGCAGAGUGAUUCCUAUUGGCCGGGAUCCUCUCACAUGCACGUGCUUAAUUUGUAUAACAAUUUUUAUAAAACGUACGAACCUCGUCACUUGCUGUGGGUGAAGUCCUGACCAAACUGAAAACGAGGGUUUCACCACAAGGUCAGAUCCUGUGCAGAGGUGAAGGGAUGCUUUCCUCAGCAGUGCUUUCACUUCACCCUCCUGCGGCUUGUGCUGAACAACUAACAUGUUUUCUUAAGUUAGAGACACACAGCAAUCUACAAAAAGAUCUGUUUCAGGAAGGAAACUGAAAGGUGUGUGUGUCUCUCUGCAAGCUUUUACAAAUCAUGUGACCUCCGCAACUGAAUAAUGUUCUCCAGCGAUGCAUUAUAUUCUACUUUAAACUUAUUCAUAUCAAUCUGCUGGAGUUUAAGCCAGCUCACAGAGGAGGAGGAGCAAGCAAAAGGCAACAGAAAGUGUCAACAGAAAUGACUUCCGUCAAACUCGUAGUUUUGGUUGCUUUAAGCAAUAAGAUCUAAACCCGUUCUGGUUGUGUGGGUUUUGCGGAAAAAAGGGAAGGAAGGACAGACUCUAAACUCAGAAGAAGAAGUAGUCGGAAAAAAACAUCUCAUUCAGACUUUGUAUAAAACAUUCAUCUCCUGUUUCCUCAUCCAUUUCUCUACAGUUCCUGAUUUCUCUUUCACAUUUUGAAGCUUUCUCUCAAAGUCAGAUAACAGUUAGAAGUAUUUCUCGGGAGAGUCAGUGCUGGAUUUGAAGAUGGGCCACACCUUUGUCUGUCUGUUGGGGUUUUUCUUGCUGAAUGUUCUCUUCUAUCGUGGACAUUCUCAAGACCUCGUGCUGACCGUUGAGCCAAACUUGUCCACCUUUUUCACUUGGGAGUCGGUGACCCUCAUAUGUGACAUGAGGGACGGAAGGAACACUGAUUGGCAUUACACAAUCUUGAAGGAUGGUCAAGAGAUUGGCCACCCCACCAGAAUUCACACGUUACAACCUCUGGAUAGAGGUGACAGCGGUGUUUACCAGUGCUUUGGACGUCUCAGGAGCUCACCAUAUUACUCUGAAUAUUCACAUAUUCAGAGGGCAAGUAAUACAGUCUCGCUAAGCGUAUCAGGCGCCAGUGUGAUCCUGGCAAGGCCUGCAUCCGUUUUGUACGAAGGAGAAUCAGUGACUCUGCGCUGUCGGAAUCGAGCUCAGAGAACAAACAAGAACGCUUCCUUCUACAAAAAUGGGCAGCUGAUAGGAACUGACACAAGCCAUCAGUCACAACACACAGCUGAAAUGACCUUUCAACCAGUGUCAGAUGGGAGCUCUUACACGUGCAGAUUCGAUGAGGAUGAAGAAUCUGAACCAACUGAACUGAGACUGGAACCACGCAGACCGAAGGCCAAGCUGAGAAAAGACGGGACAUACGGUCCAGUCAGAGGUAACGUGACCCUGACAUGCUCCGUGGAUUCGCUGUCACCUGGGUGGAAACACUUCUGGUACAGAGGCAAGAAAAGCUCUGAACCCCUCACAGCACGAGAUGCCGUCUUCAUCUCAAAUGCGAAAAUCAGCGUCCCACAGGGAGGGGUCUACUGGUGCCGAGGUGGAAGAGGAGAGCCGCUUUACUACACAGAGUACAGUGAUUCAGUCGUCACUCACAGGGCUGUGGUGACCCUGCAACCCAACUGGCCUGAGAUAUACACUGGAGAGGCGGUCACUCUCACAUGUGAGAUUGAGAAUGGAGGGGACAUCGAGUGGGAGUAUGAAUGGGCAUUUCCUGUGAACGUUUACACAACUCACGCAACAAAACAGUACAAGAUAGCAAAUGCUCAGUCGUCACAUAAUGGAAACUACAUGUGUCUGGGCAGAAUGAAAGAUGGAAAGUCAGAAACGGAGUGGAGCGACCCUGUCAGAUUGACAAUAUUGGACACAGAAACACCAGAUCUUUUCCUCGCCGUGUCUGCAUCAUGGCUGAGCUCUGGAGACCCAGUGACUCUGCGCUGUCACAUUAAGCAUCCAUCUGCAGGGUGGAGGUUCUACUGGUACCAGGUGGUUCUCAGCUUAUCAACCUACACGUAUGAGCUGCUACCUGGAAGCAGUGAAGGGACUGCACAGGAUUCCUACAUUGUUCACAGACAGAUGCAUACAGCACGAUACAUGUGCAGAGGUGGCAGAGGAGAUCCAGUGAAAUACACUCAUUUCAGUGCACCUAAGUUUGUCUGGUGUGGAGAUCUUCAUUCAGCAGCGUCUCUCACAGUGAGUCCUGAUCGAGGGCAGCACUUGUACAAAGAGUCUGUGUCUCUGAGCUGUGAGGGAAACUCUACCAAGUGGAGAGUGAGCAAGCUUUCGAAAUUUGGGUACCUGACAAGCUGCUCUUCCUGGGGAGAAAUGAUUGGAUCCACGUGCCACAUCCAUCAGGCCCAGUUCAUAGAUGGGGUGUAUUGGUGCGAGUCCGAGACAGGACAGUUCAGCAAUGCAGUCAACAUCACUGGACAGAACAAAGAUAUCAUCUUAAUGAGUCCCAUCCACCCUGUGGCUGAGGGAGAUUCUGUCACUCUCGGCUGCAAGCUGAGCACAGAAAACGUUGCCUCCGAUGUCAACUUCUACAAAAACGGCAAACUCAUCCAAAACGGCACCAGACGGGAGCUGAUAAUCCCCGCGGUGUCAAAGUCUGACGAAGGUUUUUACAAAUGCAAAGGACGAGGUGGGCAGAGUUGGACUUCGGCAGAGAGCUGGAUGUCAGUAAAAACCGCGUCCAGGCCUCAAAGCCCUCCGGUUCCUGUGGUGCUGAUUGUUGGCCUGGUUUGUGGAGCUUUACUGAUUAUUCUCAUGCUCCUGUUGUUGUAUUGCUACACAAAGUCAAAAGAUUCUCGCGUUGUCAGGUCUCAGAGCACCAAUCAGGGCUCUGCUAGAGAUCACAUGACCAACCAGGAUGAAACUCAGUGCAAGCAAUACUUAUCUCUUCCCCAAGUAGGUGAUGAUUGUCUUUAUGAGUCAAUCAAAGGUCCCGAAGACGCUGAAAAUGACGAAUCCAGUGACGUCACGUAUUCUUUGAUUGAGCUUAAGAACCUUGCUAACAAGGGGAAGCAUAACGAACCAGAAGAGAGCGCUGUUUACUCAAACACAGGAUCCGCUGCAGGAAAAUCAAGUCCUGCAGCAGCAAAUGAAACGGUUUACUCUGAAGUCAGGAUCAGGACCAGCUCUUGGUCACACCAGACCUGUCCUCACCGUGUCCCCGUCAUGGCUGAGUCCUGGAGCCUUGAUUUUAGGUCGGCAGCAGCCAGAGUGAGGCCCGACAGAGUGCAGCACUUUCCCUCUGAGUCUGUCUCGGUGAGGUGCGAGGGAAGCUCCUCCGAGUGGAGACUGAUGAGGCUUUCUGCCGCAGGCCACCUGUCAAACUACACCAACUGGGGGGAAAUGGACAAAUCCACAUUCAGCAUCCACAAGCAUACAAACAACACGGCAGUGUACUGGUGUGAGACUGGAUCAGGCCAAUUCAGCAAUGCAGUCAACAUCACUGUGCAAAAGAAAGAUAUCAUCUUAACGAGUCCCGUCCAUCCUGUGACUGAGGGAGAUCUUGUCACUCUCGGCUGCAAACCGGAGGCAGGAAAUUUUACUUCCAGGGUGCUUUUCUACCGAAAUGACGAGCUCAUCCAAAAUGACACCAGAGGGGAGAUGGGGAUCUCUGCGGUGUCGGGGUCUGACGAAGGGUUCUACAGGGACUCUGUAAUGUCUGGUAGUCACGUCACCUACAGCUGGACAGGAAGUGUGACAAUGCUGCAGCUUCACAGUCGCUCUUCCUGGUCUGGCGUCAGUCUUUGUGUUCAUCAGAAGCGGCAUGACAGAGCGUCAGUGCUGGAUGUGAGGAUGGGAUUCACUUUGUUCUGUGUGCUGUCAUUACUUAUCCUGAACACAAUCCUGUACUGUGGACACGCUCAAGAUGCUGAGCUGACCUUUGAACCCAACUUGACCCAGUUAUUCGCUGGGGAGUUUGUUACCUUCAAAUGCAACAUAAGUGAAGGACUUGACACUGACUGGCAUUACGUAUUCAGCAAGAACGGCCAACAAAUCGUCUCCUCCGGUGCAAGCAAUUCGUACUCGGUAAACCUGACGGCUGACUCGAGUGGUGGUUUUCAGUGCACUGGUCACCGCAAUGGCUCCAGAAAUGUUGCAAAACAGAGUAAUAAUGUCACUUUAAUUGUAUCAGCACACAAACCCAAGGCCACUCUGAGAGCAUACGGCACGUCCAUACCAGUAGGGGGCACUGUGACGCUGACUUGUGUUGUGGAAGGCUCUGCGGGCUGGAAGUACAGAUGGUUCAGACGCACCUCAGACUCUCCUACAGCUGAGAUUGUAAAGGAUGGGACAGAAAGCUUAAUCAGUAUCUCAGAAGAAGGCAUGUACUGGUGCCAGGGAAGAAGAGGAAGCCCAGUCUUCCUCACUGAGGACAGUGAUGUGUUUCACGCUAAGAUAACUUUAUCCAACAAGGUCUUUGUGAAGCUGCAACAAAACUGGACCCAGAUAUUCAGCGGCGAGACAAUCGCCAUGGCCUGUGAGAUCGAGGGAGGAGGCGGAGACACUGACUGGGAGUAUGAAUGGAGGACAACCAGCUCAAACGCACCUCCAGCACACAGUGAAUACAGGAUCAGCGGUGCUUCAGUUUCCCACAGCGGCAGCUACUGGUGUAAAGGUAGAAGGGACUUGUAUUCCUCAACAGAGUGGAGUGUUGGCUUCCCACUGACAGUAUCAACUCAUAAACCCAGGCCUUCAGUUCAGGUCAGUAGGAGAACCAUACCAAUCGGAGGCAACGAAACACUGACCUGCACUGUGGAGGACGCUGCUGAGUGGAAAUACUACUGGUUCAGACGUUCCUCAGGCCUUUCUGAAAGUCAGCUCAUGAGCGGUGUUGAGCCAACCGGAGUUAUCAGCAUCUCACAAGGAGGCACAUACCACUGCAGAGGAGGGAGAGGAAGCCCGCUUUUCUUCACAGAGGACAGCGACGCAGUCACCAUUGAGAAACAAGUUUCCGAACAGGCUGUCGUGAUCCUGCAACCCAACUGGCCUGCGAUAUUCAGUGGCGAGACGAUCGCUGUGACAUGUGAUGUUUCUGGUGAUGGACACACUGAGUGGGAGUAUGAAUGGAGCAAACCCAACUCAAACGCCAGUCCGACGAACAACAGCUACAGGAUCAUCAGUGCUACUGUGUCCGACAGCGGAAACUACAGGUGCAUGGCUAAACAAAAGGGGGACAUGUACUCCACAACAGAGUGGAGCCACAUCGUCACAUUGACAGUUUCGUCGCAAAGGCCGAAGACUGACCUCAGUGCUGACAGCAGAUCCUUUCCAGCAGGUGGCAGCGUGAUCCUGAGGUGCUCUGUGAGCCCAACGCCAUCUGUUUGGAAAUACUACUUUUACAGAGGAGAGAAAACGUCGGAACCCCUCACCACACAAGAUAAUGUCCUCCUCCCAGCUGGUGAAAUGAGGGUUUCACAGGCAGGAAUCUACUGGUGCAGAGGAGCACGAGGACAGCCAGUUUACUACACAGAGUACAGUGAUUCAGUCAAAAUUAGCCAAACUGUUUCAAACAGGGCUGUUGUGACCAUGCAACCCAACUGGCCAAUCGCAUACGUAGGAGAUACGAUCACUCUAAAAUGUGAGAUCCAAGGUGGAGACACAGAAUGGGAGUAUGAAUGGAUGACAACCAGCAUGAACGAGCUUCCAAACCUAAACGAAUACAGGAUAAGGCGUGCUUUGCAAUCGGACGAUGGAAACUACUGGUGUAAGGGCAGACUGAAAAGAGCACCGCAGAAUUCAACAGGGUGGAGUAUUCCCGCCAAACUGACAGUAUCUCACCAUGUUCCCGAGCCUGUCCUCACCGUGUCUCCAUUAUGGCUGAGCCCUGGAGCCUCCGUUACUCUGACAUGUGAAGUUGGACGUCCAUCUGCAGGAUGGAGGUUCUACUGGUACAAGGCUGUUCCAACUUCAUCAGAAGACCACGGCUACGGAUUUCUAAGGAGAAUAUAUUUUCAUUAUACUAACAAAUACAGCUAUGAGCUGCUACCUGGCAGCAGCAGUGGGACUGCAGGGAGUUCCUACAUCGUCCACGGACAGACACACACAGCAGGGUAUGUGUGCAGAGCUGGAAGAGGAGACCCGGAGCGUUACACUUCUUAUAGUGAAGCAAAGUUUGCCUGGUCUGGAGAUUUUCAUUCAGCGUUGAAUCUCACAGUGCAUCCUGCCAGAGUGCAGCACUUCACUCAUGACUCGCUCUCACUGGACUGUGAGGGGAACUCCACAUACUGGAGAGUGAGCAGGUUUUCAUCUGGUCAGCAGUCAUACUGCUCUUUCUGGGGGUUCAUGACUGGAUCCACAUGUUUCAUGGAGAGUUACCGUUACAUGGAUUCAGUGUACUGGUGUGAGUCUGGAUCAGGAGAGUUCAGCAAUGCAGUCAACCUCACUUCAGAGUUUGAUAUUAUCCUGUUGAGCCCCAUUUAUCCUGUGCCUGAGGGAGACUCUGUUACUCUUGGCUGCGAGUUAAGCACAGCACAACAAUUGCUUUCCAACUUCACUUUCUACAAAAAUGGCAAACUGAUCCAAAAUAAUGACAGAGAGGAGCUGAAAAUCUCUCGCGUGUCAAAGUCAGACGAAGGCUUCUACAAGUGCCAGCACUCAGGAAAUGAGUCACCGGAGAGUUGGAUGUCAGUAACAUCGAGCAGCUCUCCAUUUCCUGCUCGCUCGGUUGUUGGUCUGGUUGUUGGCGUCUUGCUGAUUGUUGUCCUGCCACUGCUUCUGCUGUGUUGGUGCAAGAAGACAAAGGGUGCAUGUCAUCACAGGUCCAGCCAAUCUCAGCGAGCCAAUCAGAGCUCUGCUGCAGUCCAAACUGUCAGCCACGCUGAUCAUCAGCAUCCAGUAUACUCCUCUCUUCUCCACGGGGAUGGUUCUGUGUAUGAAACAAUCUCUAGACGUGAAAACACUGGAAAUGGUCAAUGGACAGAUCAGUAUGGAAAUGUUGUGGCUCAGAUUCAGCUCAAGGAUCUUCAAAAGAGAGGAAGACGUGACGGUCCAGUGGAGAGCUGUGACUACAGUAACGUCAAUCCAGAUUAACACGAGCUCUUCAGCUACCUUUACCAUCCACAGUGAAGUGAACGUCUGUAGGUCGUCUGUGUAGGGAUGAUGUAUCAUGUACGUAAUUUUCUGCUGCAUGUUUUGUGACUUUGUUCCAGGUUCAUGAACAGAGAAGCAACGACAUGGAAAACAUUGUUGACGUUUAAACAGUGUUGUAUAUAUGAGACUCUGUCAGAGGGUUUAUUGUCUCUGGAGGUGACGGUUCUGAAGCUAUCAGAUAUGGGUGCACAGUGGUCGUUCAAAGUGUGAUAUCCAAACACAGACAGUGUAAACACCACAGUGUGUGUGGUGAGACACAAGCAGCUUGUUUUAUCUUCACAGAGGUGAGAAGUCAGCGGGUGUUUCCUUAAAACAAACACCAGAAACUGAAGAUAUCUGGACUUGAUAAGAAUGACUCUUAACAACAUUUUAGUGCUAACGUUGCCUUAAAGAGUUAAAAUUGUAUCAGUAAGCUGCAGGUUAUUGUUGUGCCUGUGACUCAGUGGGAAACUCUGAAGAUCAGCUGAAACUUGGAGCUUCUCACCUGCUGUAUUAUAUCAUUUACAGAUUGACAAUUUCAGCCACUUGAUGGUGCCAUAUGGUUUCCCUUUCAGUGACUUGUGGCUCUUGUGGUCAAAUAUAAUUGCAGAUGCGUGAGUGAGUGUGUGCUGUAUAUUCUUUUCAACUCUUUCUUAUGCAUCUGUAUGUCACACAUUCUUCCCUGUUCACUGUAUAUUGUUGUGAAUAAAUAUUCAGGUUUGAACUCACA